AUGACCAUGUGUGCACUGCAGCAAUGCACACACGCACACUCUCCCGCUCCCACUGGUGGCCACUCUUUCAAGUCGCAGCGCACCUGCUUCCUUCCUCUCACUUACCUCGCCGCACACGCCCACAUUGCUCACCCACUCCCAUCCCAUCUCACACCACUCUCACGCGCGCCGUUCCCCUCUCCCAUGCACAUGCGUGGCUUCAGCCCGCAUUACGACGACAUUGAUGCCUUUGUGCUGCAGGUCGAAGGCUGCAAGCGCUGGCGCUGCUACCAGGGGGUCAAAGGGGAGCAGCAGAGCGAGGAUGGCGAGGAGGACGAGGAUGAGGAGGAGAGCGCAGGGGGAGGGGGAAGGGACGGGGAAGGGGAGGACGGGGAGGGGGCGGCAGGGGGGGAGGAGGGGUUGCUGCCGCGGUUUUCGAGUCGGGAUUUCCGGCAGCAGGAGCUGCUACAGCCACCCAUUCUGGACGUGGUGCUGCGCCCGGGCGACCUCCUGUACAUGCCAAGGGGCAUCAUACACCAGGCAGAGGCAGUGGACGACCAGCACUCGCUGCACCUCACCAUCUCCGCCUCACAGCGCAACACAAUGGCAGACUUUCUGCACCUCGCACUGCCGCGUGCCAUAGAGGUAGCAGCGGAGGAGCACGUGCUGCUGCGCCACAGCCUGCCACGGGACCUGUUUGACUUCAUGGGCGUCAUGCACGCCCCGCCACUCCCUGACGCCCCCGAGCACACCCACAGCAACGGCAACAGCGACAUCGAUGCUCCAGCCCACGCUGAUGGCACCAGCCUCGCGGCGGCACCUGCAGGGGCGGCAGAGGCCGGUGGGGAUCUGCGGCGUGCUGCGUUCCUGCAGCGCAUGCAGCAGGCAGUGCAGCUGGUGGCUGCGUGCGGCCCCUGGGACUCCGCCGCUGACCAGAUGGCCUCUGCCUUCCUCCGCUCUCGCCUCCCGCCCUUCCGUGCUUCCACUCUUUCCGCCUCUGCACCCUCUGCCUCUCAGCAAGCCCAGGAGGGAGGGGGUAGAGGAGGUGGGAAGGGCGGGGGAGCAGCGGGCAAGGGGCAGGAGGGAAAGGUGCACAAGAAGUCGCGUGUGAGGGUGAGCGUAGAGGGGGGCUGUCGGUUGGUGGUGGAGGAUGGGGUAGCGGUGGUAUACCAUAUGAUGGAUAACAGAAGAGAGGUGCACAACAAGGGGGAGGAUUCAGGCAUGGAGAAAGGGGAGGAGAAGGAUGAUGAUGAAGCGAGGAUGUCAGCAGGGGCGGAGAAGGGUGCUGCUACGACAGAUCAAGCGCAAGUCAAUCCAGAGGAGGUGGCCAUGUGCGUAGAAGACAAGGAGGACGAUGAUGAAGAUGAGGAGGAAGGGGAGGAGGGGGCGAGUGGGGAGGGGCGGUUGGAGUUUGAGUUGCAGUGGGCGGAGCUACUGGAGGAGCUGGUGCAGCUGGAAAAAGGCACUGCGCUGGGGCCACUGCUCAAACGCCUCUCUGCCGCCUGGGAGGGGCCUGCGGCUGCUGCCACGGCUGGCAUGCUCAGUGUUGUGCAGGUGCUUGUGGACCAUGGGGUGCUUGAAAUAGUGGGUUAG